UAAGCUCACCUCGGGGCUGGGUGUAAUCGCAGAGCAUCCAUGGAUCUUAUGAACAAUUUCUUGAAUAUCCUUCUUUCUCGUAUAUCUCUAACGGCCUUCUUCGUCAUUCUCCCGGCAUACUUGAUCUUCAAGUUUCUCUCCUACAUAAUAAAGUCCAUCUUCAGUGAAGAUGUCGACGGAAAAGUGGUUCUCAUCACCGGAGCUUCCUCAGGCAUCGGCGAGCAUCUGGCGUACGAGUACGCCAAAAGAGGAGCUUAUUUAGCGUUGGUUGCCAGAAGGGAAAAUCGCCUCCGCGAAGUUGCCCACGUGGCAGAGCUUCUUGGCUCCCCAUAUGCUCUCGUCAUUAAAGCUGAUGUUUCCAAGAUCGAAGACUGUAAACGCUGUAUUGAUACAACAAUCGCACACUUUGGACGACUGGAUCAUCUGGUUAACAAUGCCGGGAUAACCAGCAUCAAUUUGUUUGAAGAAUAUGACGACGUGAGAAAUAUGGCAUCAGUAAUGGACAUAAACUUCUGGGGAACAGUUUAUUGCACUUACAAUGCGAUUCCACAUCUAAAACGAAGCAGAGGGAGGAUAAUUGGAAUUGCUUCCUCCGCGGAAUGGCUACCGGCGCCGCGGCUGAGCUUCUACAGUGCAAGCAAAGCAGCAGUGGCAAGUUUCUACGAGACGUUGAGAACGGAAAUUGCGAAAGAGGUGGGGAUUACGAUUGUGACUCCAGGGCUGACGGAAUCAGAGGUGACGCAGGGCAAAUUCAUAUCCAAAACAGGGCAGAUGUACCUGGAU